UAGCUAGGUCCCUGAGUUUAAGUAAAUAUGUACAAAUAAAAAUAUUCAAUGUAUUAAUAAACUGCAGAUUAGAUAAAGGUGGAGACGAAAAAGUCCACCGAAAAAGACCCCUUAGUCAGCAUGGACACACACACGGGAGAGAAAGUGCAUUUGAAGAGCAACGGGACAUUCAACAACGUGAUGUCAACUCCCACCAAGCACACCCUUGACACACCUAGUCACAAUCAACCAGAAGAUGUCACCAUUCAAGAUACAUUGACACAAAAUGUCAUGAAAAAACGCAUGAGACGAAAACGCAACAAAUGGACAUUGAUUGUGACCUUUUUAUCUCUUGUGCUUAUCAUAAUCUUCAUCACAAUCGCGUAUUUAAUCUCUAAAGGUCUUUUAGAAAGCGAUAAAAAGGAUAAAAAUGCGGGUGUAAAGAGCUGUGAUAGCACUGCUAAGUGCAAUGUAUCAAUUAUAGAAACCAGGCCGUCUGUGUUAAAGUAUCCAUCUGGUUCUCCUAAACAUGUGGAGACUUCGAAAUUCUGGACAAGUUUAAUUGAUAGGGCAGAGAGUACAAUUGAUAUUUUAUCGUUUUACUGGACCAUGAAUGGUACUGAUGUAGAAGGUGGACCGUAUCCACAAGCACAAGUUGGUGAAGACAUUUUAACUGCUCUUCAAAAUGCAGCAUUGAAAGGCAUUAAGAUUCGAAUAGUUCAAACGUACCCCAGUUCAUCCUACCCUCAGAAUGACACGCAACAACUUGCAAAGUAUGAAAAUAUCGAUGUAAGAUCACUUAAUAUGGAACGAUUGAUGAACGCAGGUAUCGUCCAUACCAAGGUGUGGAUUACAGACAAAAAGCACAUGUAUGUCGGAAGUGCAAACCUUGACUGGAGGUCAUUAACAGAGGUUAAAGAGCUUGGAGCAGCGUUGACUGACUGCGCAUGCGCUGGGGAAGACUUGCAAAAAAUCUUUGAAGUGAACUGGCAGCUAGCUGUUGAUGAUUCUAAGAUUCCGCCAAUAUGGCCGAUACAAUACAGAACAGAGUAUGGGAAAGAUUCACCGAUGACUAUCCAAGUCGCCGACAGUUCUCCUGCCAGUACAUAUUUCUCUACGUCACCGCCGCCAUUUUGUGCCGGCCAACGAACGACUGAUAUUGAUGCCAUACUUGACGUCAUCAAAAAAGCGCAAUCUUACAUUCAUAUCGCAGUGAUGGAUUACUAUGCAGCUAUAAUAUAUACUUAUCCAAAAAAAUACUGGCCAGUGAUUGAUGAUGCAUUGCGCGAAGCUGUCUACACUCGUGGUAUAAAUGUGAAGAUAUUGACAAGUCACUGGAGUCACACAAACAAACAACAAUUUGCUUUUUUACAAUCCUUAGUGGAACUUGGAAAAAUGGAAUAUAUAAAAGGCUCGCUACAGGUGAAAAUGUUUAGCAUGCCUGAUACCAGCAUUCCAUUUGCACGAGUAAACCACAACAAAUACAUGGUGACAGAUAAUGCAGCAUUUAUCAGUACCUCUAACUGGUCAGGAGAUUAUUUUAUCUCCACCGGUGGAGUGAGUAUCGUCGUCAACCAAACAGCGUCAACAAACGCAGGUGUUACAGCCACUGUACAAGAACAAUUGGAAGCUGUCUUCGAACGUGAUUGGUCGUCGCAAUAUGCGCAUGAAAUGGCGUUCUUUAAUAAUACUAAAACACAGUGACGUUCUUGUCAGAAGUGACACCCGUCAUGCAUUGCAGCUCGUGUUUUUGUCUUUUAACUAUGUCCCGUAUUGCGUUUAUAAAAGAAAAUAUUUGUGAAGAAUUGCAAGUGUUUAGAAACUGUUGCCUGCAAUUGGACAUAUUCGGUUUACGUUGCGUUUAUAAGCCAUAUUUCAAACCAACCUCUGAGAAGUCAGCAACUUUGUUUCCAAGACUUCUUUGUAAUAUAUUUUCAAAUUUAUUUCUUACUAAUUAUUAGAAAUUUCGCAUUUAAAGUUUAUAUUUAUUCGAAAAACAAAUUGUAAAAACAGAAAAUUUUCAACAAAAAUUCUUAAAGUUUAAUUACAUCCGUAUGUUCAUAUAA